UUUUUUCAUCAAGCACCGCCCUUCCUAGAUCCUUGCAAGAUGGCUGAAAUGUCUGAAGUGGAUCUGGAUGCUCUAGUGGUCCAGGUUGAGGGACUGGGCCUGGAAGAAAACAAAGUGGGCUCUGGGGCCUAUGGAAUAGUCUUCAAAGUCACAGUCAACGGAAAAAAGUGUAUUGCAAAGAAACUUCACAAUAUCUUGCUCCAAGCUGACAACUACUACCCUCAUGCCCCCACUCAGCAGAGGGAGUUCAUUGUGAGAAAAUUCCGCAAGGAGUGUUGCAUUCUGAAGAGUUUGGAUGAUCCCAACGUGGUCAGCUUUGAGGGAGUCCAUUACGGCCAUGACAAGAACGACAUCAGUCUGAUAAUGGAGAGGCUUCAUUCUGACCUGGCCGACUUUGUCAAGAAGAAUCCCAGCACAAACCUUGCCACUAGAAUCCACAUUCUGUACGAUGUAUCUAAGGGCCUUCGCUACCUUCACUCUCUGACCCCUCCCCUCAUCCACCGAGAUCUCACUGCUCCCAACAUCCUGCUCACUGAGGACCUCACUGCCAAAAUCGGAGACCUGGGCGUGUCCAGGUAUGUGGAUCCAACAGUGCCCACCAUCUUGUCCACUAAUCCGGGACACCUCUUCUACAUGUCUCCGGAAAGCCAGGAAGAGAAUCCCGUUUACACCACCAAGCUGGACAUCUUCUCUUUCGGCAAUCUCAUCAUCCACACCGUCAUCGGGGACUUGCCUAAGGUGUACAGAAUUUCAGCCAGUGAUCCCAAUGAAGCAUUGUACAAGCGUGAGGGGAAAAUAGAGCUGAUGAGAAGAAACACAUCCGUCCAUGUUAAAAUGGGGGAGGAUCACACUCUUUAUCCUCUCGUUGUUCGUUGCCUCCACGACCAACCCGAGCAGAGACCAGCAGUUGAGGAAGUGAGCAGCUCACUCAGAGAGCUGUGUCACAGGCACCCCAGAAUGUCAUUCCUGGAAGCUUGUAAGGCUGGUAAUGUGGGUGUGGUUCAGGAGCUACUGGACGGUGGGGCUGAUCCCAACCAGGCGGAUGAGAAUAACAGAACUGUUGUUCGCUGGGCCAGUUACAAUGGACAUGAUGAGGUGGUGAGGGUCCUUAUUCGAGCUGGAGCUAAUGUCAACACUCUAGACAAGUGGAGACAGUCCCCUCUCUACGCAGCAAGUUUCUAUGGUCACCAGAAGUGUGUGCAGCUCUUACUUGAAGCUGGGGCCAUUGUUGAUGUACAAAUUGAGGUAUUUUCAUGGAGGAUUCUCGAAAAUAGCGAAAAUUAAGCGUCUCGAAAGUUAUGCACUAUACGAUAUUGAUCAGUGGACUGCGUGGAGUCAUUCAAUUGACUCGAUUAAACCAUAGAUUG